AUGUACCAGCAGUCCAACUCGACGCCUUUUCAACCAGCGGCUGGGGCACCGUCGCUCUUUGCCUCCUGGACACCUAGAGCUAGCUACUAUGUGGCUACCUUCGUUGUGCUGCUGGUUGCGUGGCUCUUACGGCCAAAGUCACAGGCUUGCAAACUCGGCGUACCAUUCUACGGAGCUUCGAAAUUGAAAUGGAUCUUUGACGCCGAGUCACAGAUUGUUGCAAGCUACAACAAGUUCCGAGACCAAGUCUACCAAAUCAAGGCUACAGAAGGAUUCCAAGCUAUGAUUCCCCCAAGGUUCAUUUCCGAGCUCAAGGGACUGCCCGAGGACGUCCUCAGCUCUACGGAGGCCGUGGCUGAUGCCCUUCAAACCAAGUACACCAAAUUCUCGCCCGGCCACAACGGAGACAUGCUCUCCCUUCUCGUCCGAACCAGAUUGACGCAGAAUUUGGUAGAACUAAUUCCCCAGCUGAAGAGCGAGCUCGAGAGCUACAUUGCAACCGAGUUUCCGCCUUGUGAGGACUGGACGCCUGUAAAAUGGCAGCCCUUUGCUCUGCGCGGAAUUGCCCGACUGAGUGGUCGAGCCUUUGUCGGCCCCUCACUAAACCGCGACGAACAGUGGAUGGAAGUGACGAUCAAAUUUGCCAUCGACGUCUUCAUGUCGGUGAUUAAGCUGCAGCUAUUCCCAGAGUGGGCUCGGCCUGUCGCCCAGUAUGUCGUGUCGGACCUGCGCAGGAUACGACGAGAUAUCGACACCGCAAAGUACCUGCUUAAGCCUCUGCUGCAGGAAAGGAUACGUGACAUGGAGAUUUCGAGCUUCCACGACCCUCCGAACGACCUCAUGCAGUGGCUUAUCGAAGCUUUACCCGAGGAGGAAAAAGCAGACGUCCAGACUCACGCCGAACUGCAGCUCAUCUUAGCUGCCGCGUCAAUUCACACCACCAACAACCUCUUGUUCGAGUGCAUGGCCGAUCUCGCUUUGCACCCUGAAGUACAGGCUGAAUUACGUGAAGAGGCUUAUCAGAUACUGGAGGUGGAAGGGGGCUGGGCCCGCAAGGAGAGCAUGGCCAAACUGAAGAAGCUCGACAGUUUCAUGCGCGAGGUCCAGCGGCUCCAUGGAAACAUCACAUCCUUCAUUCGAAAAGUCCUGAAACCGAUCGACCUUUCAGAUGGCACGCAUCUUCCCGCGGGAACGAGAGUACUGGCUCCCCAGGCCGGUAUUUCUAUCGACGAACAGUUUUAUCACAGCCCCGAAGAGUUUGACGCGCUGCGAUUCUACAACAUGAGGCAACAGUCGGCCGAAGCGAGCAACCGCUGGCAGUUUACAUCCCUUUGCGAUACGAACCUCAACUUUGGAGCCGGCAAGCACGCUUGCCCUGGUCGAUUCUUUGCCGGCAACGAGAUCAAGCUUGUUCUUGCCUUCUUCCUCAUCCAUUACGAGGUGAGACUGAAGAAGGGUGAUCAGCGGCCGAAGCCCAUGGCGAUGGUCAUGACCAAGGGGCCGGACGCCAACGCCGAGUUUGAAUUCAGACGGCGACAAUUGGCGGUAUAA